AUGGUCUUUUCAUUCAGUAAACGCUCUAAAAACAGUCGACUUGUCAUUGAUGAAUCGUCCUCAGGAUCAUCCAUUUCAGCAUCACGCUCCAGUUCCUUUGACCAACCCUUAUCACCUACUCUGCCUGACACACUGAAUUCAAAAGCUGUCAAUGUACUCAUUGUCGGCCAAGUUUACCAGGAUACAAUCAUGACCGUUGAUUAUUACCCAGGAGAAGAUACAAAAGUUCGAUCCAGUCAUACACAGCAGAGAAGAGGAGGAAAUUGUGUCAACACGGCAGAGGUAUUGGCUCAAUUUCCCAAAAUGAAUCCAUUCAUAAUGUCCGCCGUUGGACCAAAAGAAUCAUCCAGCAACUUGCUAGCUCAAUUGGAAUCAAAAGGCGUGAAAACUUCAUCAUGCUUCUACCGCAAGUCACCUACACCCUCAUGCUAUAUUAUUCAAUGUAAAGACACCGGUUCACGAACAAUCAUAUCUUCCAAUACAACGCAGGACAUCACAAAAGACGAAUUUGCUCGCAAAGUAGAAAUGAGCAGCAUCACAAAAACAAUGUCAUUUGAAUUCGAUGCUCGUCCCGCUUAUUCUUGGGUCCACUUUGAAGGAAGAAAUAUAUACGAAACUGCUGCUCAGAUAGACUGGCUUGAAGCCAAAGCAAAGCGCGAAGGGUGGCGAAAUGAAUUGACGAUAUCCGUCGAGUUGGAAAAGCCAGAUCGACCCCAUAUUGAUAUACUAUUAACAAGAGGCGACGUAGUGUUCUUCUCUAAACUUUAUGCAGAAAAGCGUGGCUACGACGAAGCGACAGAUUUUUUGAAGGAUUUUCAAGCAAGGUGUAAACCUGGAGCAAUUUUAUUCUGUACAUGGGGAGCACAGGGAGCUACUUGUUUGUUUAAAGGGGAGAUCCUACACUCAUCAGCAUUAGCUCAAGCUCAAGUUGUGGAUACAGUUGGCGCAGGGGACACAUUCAUUGCAGGAGUCAUUUACUGUAUGAGCAGAGGACACACACUGCUAACUACACUAAAGUUUUCAUGUGAAAUGGCCAGCAGAAAGGUCUCUCGAUCAGGAUUUGAUGGUCUAGCAGACACCAUGUUUAAGGUCUGGGAGACAUCUCUAGGCGCGGAAUUAAAUAAAGCGCAUUAUCAUGCACCUCUGUUGCAUUCCAAGAGCUAUGAAAAUGGAUUUCUUGGAUUCGAUUUUGGGACUUUGACAAGUAGAAAAUCUGAUAUGCAUAACAACUCACUGUUGGGUUCUUUUUACUCUUAA